AUGGCGUCCGAGCGUUCCGUGUUGGACUCGUGCUCUUACGAUGAAGUUUGCCCAGUCCAUUUGGGCAACAUACACGAAAGGCGCCCCGCGGCCCUGGUUGCCAGAGCGACUCCGCUGGCGUUUUUUCUGCUCGUCACACUCUUGGCGGUUGCCCUGGCGCUCCUCUCCCCCAGGCUCCUGCUGAUAUUGUGCGCAGCCUUCAACCUCAGCAUCGGCUUGGGCAUGACUCAGAGCGGCCUGAUGUGUAUUCUCGGCGCCAGGACUCUUCGCGAGCGGCUGCGAGGCGAGUCUCUGUGCAGGGAGGACGCCUCGGAGGGUGCGGCAGAGCGCCUCGUGGGCCGGCCGAGCGGUGUGGUGCACCUCGUCGUGAUUCCCAGCUACUGUGAGGAGGAGCAGCUGCUGAGCCUGUCCCUGGAGGCCAUUGCCCAGGCAGACGGUUCGGAGGCCUUCCACGUGGUCCUGGCCAUGGAGGAGCGAGAGUGCGACGGCCAGCAGAAGGCCCUCAGAUUGAGAGAAAAGUUCGCCCAACGCUUCGCACGGGUUGAGGUCACAAGCCAUCCCACGGGCUUGCGCGAGUUGCACUUAGACGGCUCCAGCGAUGCCGAGGUGCCGGGCAAGGCGUCGAACCUGAAAUGGGCGGUGCGGCAGUUCUAUGAGCAGUGCCAGCUAGACGGGCUUGAUGCAGAAAGAGUGUUAUUGACAGUCGCCGACGCGGAUGCCAUCUUCCACCCAAGCUAUUUCGACCAGAUCGGUUGUGAGUUUGAGACUCUCUGUGGACUCCCGAACGCAGAGCUGCAUCGGUGGACCAUGUGGCAGGCGCCACAGCUGCCGUUCCGGAACUUCCAAAGCGCGCCGAUGGUGUCGCGAGUCCACGCGUACACGACCUCCGUCUACGAGUUCGGAGGCGUCUCUGGGCUGCGCUACGGGGCGGGGCACAUGGUGUUCAGUACCUAUUCUUUGCCUCUGUUGCUUGCUGUACGCGCCCGGGCACACGAGGGUGACGUCGUGGCGGAGGACCACCACUGCCACCUACGGUGCUCGUUCUAUUCGAUACGUGCUGCCCUGCUUGAGGCCAGCUUCCUCGGGAAGCGCGGGCCGGGCGUGUUCUCUCCAGGACCGGGACCGUGCGCGUCCACGUCUUCGUCCUCGUCCUCCUCCUCGUCCCCGCCCGCCCCCGGGCGCGCGGGCGGGCCGGGCCGGGGCGGCCAGCGGCCAGCGCUGCGCCUGCGGCCGCUGAUGCUGCCCGUGAAGGCGACGAUGGUCGUGUCCGAGCAGGGCGUGCUGCAGACGUGGAGGGACAGGUGGACCCAGGCCCGUCGCCACGCCCAGGGCGUCGCCGAGCUGUCCUUCGCCCUGCUGGCCACGUGGGACACGGCGCGCUGGCUGCCGCCCGACGCCGCGGUGGCUUCCGCGGUCUUGUGGCGCGCCUUGCGGCUCGUGCACCAGAUGCUCUGGUCGUCUCCAACGUGCUCUUCGUCCCGGCGUGCUUCGGGCAGCCCGCCUGGAACGCGGGUGGGCAGGCAGCCGCCUGGCGCACGGAGGACGGGGGCCUGGCGCGCACGUCAGCGCUGGGCUUCGGGCUGA